AUGCUGAGUCGACGAAGGAAUAAGCUGAAUUUAAGUCUGCCAAGGACUGUCCAGGAACAUGAAAAUCAGGAGGAAGAAGAGGCAGAAGAGGCCAGUUCUGUCGCUAUUGAGGAAGAAUUGAAGCGUUUAGGUCUUACAGAACCACAGAAACAGAGAAUGCAAGAAUGGAUUAAAGAGAGGAACCUAGUGCCGACAGAUGCUCUGAACGAACAAAAGUUAGAUAAGAUAUGCGAUUUGGGUCAUGGAAAUGGCGGUGUAGUUCACAAAGUAAUUUACAAGCCAACAAAGGUAAUUAUGGCUAGGAAACUGGUGCACCUCGAAGUCAAGGCAUCAAUAAAAACUCGAAUUUUGAAGGAAUUGGACGUCUUACGUCGUUGUAACAGUCCUUAUAUUGUCGGUUUUUAUGGUGCUUUUCUGGCUAAUAGUGAGUUGUCUAUUUGCAUGGAAUAUAUGGAUGGUCUCUCCUUGGACGUAUUGCUAAAAAAGGCGGGACGCAUUACUGAGCCUCGAGUAGGACGAAUAGCUGUUGCAGUUGUGAGGGGGUUGGCUUAUUUGAAAGAAGAACACAAUAUUUUACAUCGAGAUGUUAAGCCGUCAAACAUUUUGGUUAACACGAGGGGGGAAAUAAAGCUGUGCGACUUUGGUGUUUCUGGUGUUUUAAUAGACAGUAUGGCAAAUAGUUUUGUUGGCACAAGAUCAUAUAUGGCGCCUGAGCGUCUUACAACCAGCUACUACGAUAUCAAGUCGGACGUCUGGAGUUUAGGCUUAUCUCUGAUUGAAAUUUCUGUUGGACGUUAUCCGAUUCCAGCAUUGACAGCAAAUGAUUAUAAAGCAAUUUUUGAUGUGGAUCCUGAUAAAAUAGUUUUGGGAAAUGGACAGGCACCACCACCAGGACCUGCUUCGACUGAACCGAAAAAUAUGGCCAUAUUUGAACUCCUCAACUACAUCAGGGUGGAGCCUCCACCGUCGUUGCCGCGUAAGGUGUUCAGCGACCUAUACAUUGAUUUCGUUGAGCUCUGUGUAAAGAAAAAUACUUCUGAAAGAGCAGAUUUGAAAACUUUGAAUAACCAUGAGUUCUUUAAACUUUAUGAGGACGCAGAUGACAAUGGUGACUUUGCUGGUUUUGUUAGCGAAAACAAAGCGAAAGUCGAAUCAGAUAAAGAAAAUUCUUAA